UGUUCCGAGUUAACUCUGAGACUCGACUCACUGUUACUGCGAAGCCAAACGAAAAUGUCGAGAGAUGUUAAUGGAAAUGGCGUUCCGCCGAAAAACGCCACGAGCUCGGAGAAAGACGACGACGAAGCUCCUUCAAAAAGACACUCAAGGAAAACGCGAGAAGAUUCCGACGUAGAUUCAGAAACCGAUAGAAAGCAUAGCAGUUCGAGGAGGAAAUCUCGAGAUAGCUCAGAUUCCGACGGUGAUAAACGACGCAGGAGAAAAAGGAAGUCGCGUAGGAGAUAUAGCAGCGAUUCUGAUUCGGAAUCGGAUUCUGGUUCAGGUUCGGAUUCAGAGGACAACGAGUCUGAACGGUCUGGUUCGGAUUCAAAGUAUUCGGACUCGGAAUCGGGGACGGAGAGCGAGGAGGAGAGGAAGGAAAGGAAGAGGAAGGAGAAGAAAAGGAGAAGAGAGAGGGAGGAAGAGAAGAAGAGGAGGAGAGAGAAAGAGAAGAAGAGGAGGAAGAAGGAGAAAGAAGAAGAGAGAAGGAAGAAAGAAAAACGAAAAAUGAAGAAAAAGGAGAAGAAGGAGAGAGGGAAGAAAGGAGCCGUGACUAAUUUAUGGGGAAAAUAUGGUAUUAUAAGAGAAACUGAUAUGUGGACCAAACGGCCAGAGUUCACUGCUUGGUUGGCAGAAGUGAAGCAGGUGAAUAUGGAGCAUCUGUCGAAUUGGGAAGAAAAACAAAUGUUCAAAGAAUUUAUGGAGGAUCACAACACAGCUACAUUCCCUUCCAAAAAGUAUUACAGUCUUGAUGCUUACUACAGGCGUCAAAUGGAAAAAGAGAUGAAAAAGGGUAUUAAGAAGGUUCAAGCAAAAGAACGAACUGUUUUCAAUGAUGAAGAACAGCGCAGACAAGAAUUGCUGCAAGCACGUGAAAAACAUAAGGAAGAGCAAGUGAUAGCUUUGAAGCGCUCAAUGGAAAGUGGAAUGGCACAAGCAAUGAAAGAGCAAGCUCAACUCAGGGAGGAGAUGGCUUACCAGUACAAGCUUGGAAACUUUGAGGCUGCUGCUGCAAUCCAGAGAAGGUUGGACCCUGAUGCUGCAGUGUAGUCGGUGUAGGACAUAAUUUAUUGUGAAUAUAAAUUAGAUGAUGGUGUCUCAUGAUCAUGUCAUGAAGACAAUCUCAUUUCAUGCAUGGAUAUUAUGGUGUCGAGGAUGGAUUUUAUCUGUUCCAAUGGAGGAGUGAAGCAUUCGCAAAUUCCGACUCUUUUACUACAUUACUAUAUCGUUGCUAAUAUAGAGGUGUUGCUUUGUGGUGGAAGUUUUGGUUUUGUAUCUGACCAAGUUAGCAAGCAUCUCCAAACUGUCCAAGCUAUCAAUGUUAUGAAAAGGUGGUCGUUACCCACCCAUCUUACUCGAACAGAUUCAAAUUGGCUAUGGCAUGUAAAACAAUUUAUUUAUUUUUUAACGAAAGCUUGUAAAACAAUCUUAAUAGUAAAUUUUGGUUGCUUUUUUUUUUUUUUUUA